AUGGCGCACAAGGAGAUUCGCGAGACUUUUGUUGACGCUGUCUAUGAGUUGGAAUUUGAGGACGUAUCUGCUGGUCCAUCGCCCUCAGUGUCCAGCAUUUGGAGUCUUGGAAAGCUUGUGGAGCUUGAGCAUUCCGCAUCUGCCGGUCUCCAUGUUGAAGUGCCCCCAAGAACAGUCAGUUGGCGGGUUCACGCAAGAUCUGGAACAGAUACUUCGUCGUCAGUUUCCUGGUGGGCGAAAGAUGGGACCAGAGUCGAAGCCCCCAGACUCGUUUCCCCUGUUGGUGAGCACGAUCCGCACGUGCAGCCCAUUGUUGUGUAUCUUGAUGGAGAGAUCCAAAGCUUGUUUUUGGAUGGCUUCGUGUGCCCGCGCCCGCAGGAGGUGUAUCUCAUGGGCGGCUUCAACGGCUUGGAGUGCCUCAGCUCGGUGGAGCGAUGCCGGCCGUCCCGGGACGAGUGGCAGGUGCUCGCGCCGAUGUCGGCGAAGCGCUUGUUCGCGGCUUCGGCGGUGCUUGACAGGAUGGUGUAUGUGUUCGGGGGCGGGGAUCGCACGGUCGAGCGGUACGACCGCACCAGCAACUCGUGGGCGACUCUUUCGAAGAUGAAAUUCAAGCGAAGCAACCUUGGGGGCGCCGCCGUGCAGGGCAAGAUCUACGCCGUGGGGGGGUCCGACGGACUCUCCGUCUUUGCUGACGUGGAGAUGUACGACCCCGCCGUCGACAAGUGGCUCUCCGCGCCGUCCAUGCUUGACGGGCGCUUCAACCUGGCGGCUGCGGAGAUGCACAACUCGCUUUACGCGGUCGGAGGCUUUAAUGGGCAGCAGUAUCUUUCGACCAUGGAGCGGUUUGAUCCUCGCGAGGGCUACUGGGUGCGCGCUCCGUCCAUGUCGACCAAGCGCGGGAGCCUGUCCGCGGCAGUGUACAACAACACCUUAUUCGCCUUGGGAGACUUCGACGGGAACGUGUAUCUGAAUACUGUGGAGUCGUACGAGCCGCGCAUGAACAAGUGGAAGCUGGUCCCCCCUAUGCAGACGCAGCGUUCGUAUGGCGCGUUAGUGAUCGUGGACAACGCGCUUUACGUCAUCGGCGGCCUCGACGGAGCAGAGUUUGCGGAUUCGGUGGAGCGGUAUACGCCCGAAGAGGGGUGGCAAGUUGUGAAGACGCGAAGCAAUUCCUGCGAACGAUGCUUCAUGACCGUCGCCGUCCUCUAGACUGUUGCAAGAGCUCUUUGAUACACAUUCGAACGCUCUGUUCAAGAAUGUUGUACGAUUCUAAAGAUAUAGAAAGUAUCUCUUGCAACUCGACAACGUAGGUUGUUUCUGGUAGGUAGCUAUUUUGCGCUACAGUGGCAACGCCUUGUUGAACUCGAAACUCCACCUGGUGUUUGUGCGUGUAGACAUGCCGGACAUACUAAUGCACGAAAAUGAUCAUCGUGUCUGUGUCG